ACAACAUGGCGGUGUUUGAACAGAAAAAGUGCUCAAAAGUGACACUAGAUGACACGACAACGUUAACAUGCUCUAUUGAAAAUGCCCAAAAUGUCAAGGAUCACAUUGAAUACAUCAUCCGUGUGCAGAGAGGCCCAGUACCAGAAAACUCAUGGACAAUACAGAAGCGUUACAGUGAUUUUGUAAAGUUAGACGAAGAGCUUAAAUUUGCCAAUUUAGAGUUUCAACUACCGCCAAAAAAGGUGUUUGGGAACAAGGAGCGAGAGUUUAUUGCUGAGAGACAACAUGGUUUACAGAAUUUUAUGAACCAGUUGUUGAGUAGCCUUUUCCUGUCCUCUAGUAUCAUUGUUAAAAGGUUCUUUGACCCAGAGGGAUACUCAGCUAACCUGAGGGAAUCUGCUCUCCAGCACGUGUCCAUGGUGUUUAGGUCAGAACCAAAUUGGGAGGUUGUAGAAACACUGCCGGAAAUUGGAUGGAGGUUGAGAAAACAUUACAUCCAGGUUAAACCUAUAGCUCAGCCCAAGCGCAGACAGUUUCUAACAUGGAAUGAAUAUGGCCCUGCCAAGUUCAUGCCUGACAAAGAAACUGCUGCCCUCUUUAAGGUCUUUCCAGCGAUCCAGCAUCCUAAUAUCUAUCCGAUAGCUUUUGCCACAGCCAAUGAGAAUGGAGCUUUGAUUAUCCGUGACUUUUUUGAGAAGGGCACAUUGAGAGACUACAUUUGUGGCUGUAAACCAAAAGGUCAUUUCCUCAAAAAGUAUGGAAAGGUGAAAACUUACACAGUCAUGAAAAUGAAUGAGGUCAAGAUUAUUGGGAGGCAGAUAUUGGACACGAUCAAGUUCCUUCAGGACAAAGGAUUGCCAUAUUGCCAUCUUCAUGCUGGUAAUGUUAUACUAGACUCCUCCCUUGGGCAGUGCAAGUUGUUGGAUGUAGAAAACUGGUUAAUAGGCCUACCCAGCCUGUAUCGGCCAUAUUUUAGUCAAUUUAGAAAAAUACAUACUACGGAUCUCAUUGAUGUAUAUUGCUUUGGUCAGUUAUUGUAUGAGAUGGUAUUUGGGAAACAGCUUGACUCUCCCAUCUGUGAUAUGUUCCCAUCAGAUUGCCCUGCUCAAAUCAGGUCUGUACUUGAGUCCAUUCUUACAACAGAAGCCUGCAAGAAAGGUUUACCCAGCAUAUCAGAUUUGCUUCUCCACCCGCUGUUUUCUGAUGUCGUCCUGCCACCAUCCGAGAAACCAUCACUGAAAAUUCCAAGCAAAUUGAAAGAGGCAAUUAGAUUAGCCAGGGAGAAAAUGGAGCAGCAUUUGCAAGCUGAGCAGAAAUUGAUCAGUCAGUAUCGCAGGCUUUCCAAAGCAACAGCAUUCCACAUGUCUGAGGAGGAGAAAAAGAAACGGCGGAAAUCCAAGAAGAAAGCUUUAGAAAAUGGAGGGCAAGAAGUAACUUCACCAACAUCCCCAAUGUCACCAGCAGAGUCGUCUCCAGCUCCACCGGCCGCUCCAGCAAUGCCAACAUCUCCAGUGCCACCUGCUGCAGCACCUCCUCCACCUCCACCCCCACCGGUAUCGCCACCAGCACCUGUACCGGCUGCGACUUCUCCACCCCCAUCCUCUGGGGGAAGAGGGGCAUUGCUAAGCUCCAUAUCAGGCUUUAACAAGGGGAAGCUCAAGAAACAGGAGACCAUCGACAAAAGCAAGCCCAAAAUUUAGCCUGCAUUGAGGGAUAGGUAACAUAUAAAUUAUGCUUGGGUAUUGGAACAAAGGUAAAUUGUAUGUACAGUGCUAAGUCACAAGUUUCAGAUGUUCCAUGUUUAUUUUAAGUGUUUGCACAUUCACAGUGUGUUGUAAAGCAAUAUUUUAUGGUGAUAUGUAAAUAAGUAUAGAUACAUAUACAUGUGUAUAUUUGCUCAUGAUUUCAACUGGUUAUUUUGUUUCUUUAGUUCAUUCAGACUCCAAAUUUUGUAUUCUUAUGCAGUUUUAGUCAAAGCUAAUUUUACGUAUAUGUAUGGUUGUAAUUAUUAUUCUGAUCACAUGCAAUUUAAACAGACACUUUUAUUUUGAGACAAGAAAUGGAAAGAAAAGGGAAAAUAAUUUGUUUUAUUUUCCUGAACAAAGUACUGAUACUUACUAUUGAAGAUUUUAAUAUUACCCUUUUAAGUCUGUGAAAGUCAUUCAUGUUGUAAGCAUUGUAUUUAUGGAUUAUAGUUUUAUGAUAUUCAACAUGUUUAAGAUAGAAGAACAAUAAAACACACGUUUUACUUUUGUGAUACUCAUAAUGUGGCCAUGUCAACCCUCAAAGAGGGAGUAGCACGCCAUUGUGAAGUGUGUAAUACAUAUAUAUCACUGUGGAGAUUGCAUUGUAUAGUGAGAAUGUGACAGUACUGUGAAUUCUGAACAAACUUUAAUGUUUCCCCAGUUACUCUUGACUGAUGCCUUCUAAUUGUAAUCAUUAAAUGGUUUAAUGUGUAUUUAACAUUUACUCUUCAUGUACUACAUCACACAUAAUGCUCAAUGUUGUUUCCUUUCCUACAACUACAAUGAGAUGAAAUAUUUUAGUGUCUUGAAAUUACUCAAAGUUGUCAGUUCUAAUGUUAUUUUUAAAAAUUGUUGAAUCCCUGUGGUGAAGGACUUUACUCUUGUUAAAGAUCGCUUUUAAAUUAAUGAUUGUUUUUAUAUCCUAUAGUUAGUUUUCUGUUAUAAAGAUUCAGGGGCAUGUGUUUAUGUCUAUAUAUGUUUACAAGUUUAGUAAAGAUUUUAACAUAUAUUCUUGUGUAUAUGUAAAUAUAUAUAUUUUGCUCAUAGUUACAUGUAUAUGUCAUUAUAAGCAUUGUCCUUUUCUGGGGCAUUAAAUAUUUAGAGAUGAGACUGUCAUACAAAAGAAGUGAUGUAUCAUGCGCGUAUGUGAAAAAGAUAUUCUCUAAAUAUAGUUCUCAUCCCCAUCCUCAUCACAUUCUGCUUGUUUCUUUCUUUGCUCAGUCCUUCAUGUCUUUCAUGCAUUUUUA